UCGGUUUAUGCUAUCAUACGGUAAGGCAAGAAAUUCUGCGAUUCCGGUCCACUUUCGGCUGUGUUGCCUGUUUUGCUCACUUCACUCGCGUGCGUUUCUGUGCCUUGGUGUGUACUCUCUUCACUUACCUCAUCCUCCGAAACCGGUUAAAAGUGAGUGGACUGUCGAUUGUCCAGCGCUAAUUUGUGCAAUCCGUAACCCGGCCGUGUGAGUUCGUGAUUCCCAUUUGUCCCGCGGCAGGCGAACGAGCAUUUCCUUUGUCGCAGUGUCCUUCGCGAAUGUACGUUUGGAUAGCCUAUGCGCGCCUGUGCCACACUGCGGCACCGUAAGGGUUGCCGGGUCGGAUAGAAUCCGUGAAGUGCAUCCCUCGCUGUGCUCUCAAGCAACUUGUCCACCCUUCCCAGUUUCAUCACUCAACCGAAGCUGCAUCACCAGUGGCACACAUCUGCCACAAGAAAGAAACAAAGGCAAAGUUCAAUUCAAAUACAAACUACAGCUAUCAAUCAAAGCAACUAAAAGAUCCAAACGGAUUUUUUAAUAAGUUGAAAAAAACACAUACAAACAGAGAACAUGUACUAUCCAAUAUCGGAGCUACCGUCACCGCAGACCUUCCCCACCAGCAGUAUGGCACCGGGCGAAGGCCAUGUUAAAAAAUACUACCGUAAAGCCGAACACAGAAUCUUCGUCAAUCGAUCGAUGCACCUGGAAAACAUCAAGUUCUAUGGCUUCGAUAUGGACUACACGAUUGCAGAGUACAAAUCACCGCAGUACGAACAGCUCGGGUUUGAUCUGGUGAAGGAGCGGCUGGUGAACCUUGGUUAUCCGGCGGAAAUUCGCCAGUUCGAGUACGACCCAUCGUUCCCGGUGCGCGGUCUCUGGUUCGAUUCGCUCUACGGGAACCUGCUCAAGGUGGACGCGUACGGCAACAUACUCGUGUGCGUCCAUGGCUUCGAGUUCCUCAAGCAUCACCAGGUGUACGAGCUGUACCCGAACAAAUUCCUGCAGCUGGAUGAGAGCCGCGUGUACGUACUGAACACGCUGUUCAACCUACCUGAGACCUAUUUGCUCGCGUGUCUGGUGGACUUCUUCACACAUUCGCCGCAGUACGCGGAGCAAGUCGAUCGCACUGGUGUGAAGUACGGUGAGCUAUUCAUGUCGUUCAAGUCGAUCUUCCAGGAUGUGCGCGGUGCCGUCGACUGGGUGCAUAUCUACGGCGAUCUGAAGAAGAAAACACUUGAGAACCUCGACGAGUACGUGAAGAAAGACGAGCGGCUACCGAUGGUAUUGUCGCGUAUACGCGAGUCGGGUGCAAAGCUCUUCCUGUUGACGAACAGCGAUUACAUGUUCACCGAUCGCAUCAUGACGUUCCUGUUCGACUUCCCGCACGGUGGCAAACCGGAUGAACCACAUCGCGACUGGAAGACGUACUUUGACACGAUCGUGGUGGACGCACGCAAACCGUUGUUCUUCGGUGAGGGCACCAUACUGCGUCAGGUUGACACCAGUACCGGGGCACUGAAGGUCGGCACCCAUAUGGGUCCGCUGCAGGCAAACCAGGUCUACUCCGGCGGUUCGUGCGAUGUGUUUACCAAGCUGAUCGGUGCGAAGGGCAAGGACGUGCUGUACAUCGGUGACCACAUCUUUGGCGAUAUUCUGAAGAGCAAAAAGAUUCGGGGCUGGCGCACGUUCCUGAUCGUGCCGGAGCUGGUGCAGGAGCUGCACGUCUGGACGGACAAGUGUCAGCUGUUUGCGCAGCUACAGCAGUUGGACGUGCGGCUCGGCGAUCUGUACAAGAAUCUCGAUUCAAGUGCGAAGGAAAAGCCAGACAUUCGAUCGGUACGCACCGCGAUUCGGGACGUGACGCACAAGAUGGAUCUGGCGUACGGUAUGAUGGGUUCGCUGUUCCGUUCCGGCUCCCGGCAGACGUUUUUCGCCGGGCAGGUGGUACGGUACGCGGAUCUGUACGCGGCCACCAUACUGAACCUGAUGUACUACCCGUUCUCGUACAUGUUUCGGGCACCCGCUAUGCUGCUCCCGCAUGAGUCGACCGUUGCGCACGAGCAACGAUUCACGCUCGAUGCACCGAUGAUUCAGCGUACCAGACCGCCACGCACCGAGCAGGUGCCACCUGUUCCCGCACCGCACGAGCUGGAUGAUGAGGAGGAGACCGAAGGUGAUGCUCGUGAUCCACAGGGCGAUGAUUCCAAAGAACUUGGACGGCUGCUGCUUGGUACGCCGCAACCUUCUUCGCUUCCUUCUGCGACCGGGUCGGAACUGAGCGUGUCGGUACCGCACACACGUCCCGAAACGCCACGCUCUGUCACGCACACGCACGACGAGGACUAUUCGGACGAAGACAGCGAUGAUCAGAAGCGCACCAAAGCUGGCGAUGGCCAUACGCCCGGUGAAGCGUCCACCACGCAAUCAUAAUCACACAUGCCCGUGCUCCAACUCCAUCCACCCGCGAUUGCUCCAGCUUCAUUUCUUCCAAACCCCUUUCCAGUUCCAAAUACUUUACUCUAUUUACGCCAGUCACCAUCGUAGGAUUGAAUCCUUCAAAACGGUCUAUAGCACAAACUGGAAUUUCCCGACUAUAUCCACUAAACUUUUCCGAUAUCCUUUCCUUCCACAAUGGUUCUGAGACAGAUAGCAUCAGCUUAAUUUAUUCGAAUGAGAUUGCCGAUCCGGACUAUAUUCCGUUUAUCUGCCGGUCCCAAAACAGGAAGCGUUUACAUCACGAUUUCCCUCCCAUGAUAUAAAAUUGAGGUUGGCUUAAAGGCUUUAUAGGAGUCGUUUUGCCAGGACUAAUGAACAUAUUUAACAUUUACAAACGAAGUAAGGGCGUUUGUUUUAGAGUUAGCUUCCUUGAAACCAACCACAUCCUAGACAGAUUGUUGGGCUUGUUGCGGUGUUAUUACAAUAUAGGAGCUGUUAAAAAAUUUCACGUAUGUUACAGGGAGCUUAAGUUAAGGGGAAGAGAUGCGUAUGAUUCGUACAAAAAGGAUAGGUUAUUUACCCAUAUAAGCUGCGGCGUUACAAGCGAUGAAAUUUAGUAUCAAGCUUGCUCGGUCGCUUAAUUUCCAUUCAAAAGUAACUCUAAAUCAUAGUUCCGUUGGCUCUUGAUGUUUUCCUCACAGUCACUUUCAGCGGCUAUGCUGGAUCUCUUUUUGGGUGACGUGUAAAAUGUGUUUCAUGUAUUUACAUUUUGUUUUUUUUUAGAUUUUUUUGUGGCAAAUGUGGUAUGAUGAAUUAAUUAAAGGAACUUAUUUAAUCGAUUUUAUUUCACUUUAUCGCGCACUGUUCGAUUAGGAUAUAAUUAGGAGGUCUUCCCCAAGAACUCAAUAGAGACUCAAGGGUUUUCCUUAUCGCCCGUGGCCCCGCAGCUGUGGGGUAUUAUUACAAUAGCCGGCACACACGCACACGACAGUGUAACUCCUUCAAAUUACAAACGCGCUACACCUAGUAAUAGUGAACCAGGCAACGAAUCUCGUAA